AAUGACACUUCAUUAAAUAAAAAACAUCUAUUCCGCAUGUUAUAUUCAAAGUUUUAUUAAAAUAACAAACCAUGGCAAAAGAUCCGCUAGAUGAAAUGAUACAGUUCUUAAAACCGCAAUCACGAAUUGACCUAAAGCACAUUGCAUUGGAUCAUUUACUGGGCCUGUCCGGUUCGGAAGACGGGAUUAAUGUUCUUUUAAAAAACGAAAAAAUUAUACAGUGUGUACUUGAAUUAACAAACGAUAAAGUGGAUGAAAUUAGCAAAAACGCGUUGCUAUUACUAGUUAACGUGACUGCGAACCCGAUUGGCGCUUCUGAGCUACUCAAAUACAAACCCAAUAUGAAAAAUGUUGUUGAAAUAUUCAUAGGUUAUGUCCUCGAUCAACAUAAAAAAGAUGCGGAUGCCGUCUGUAUGAUCCUAUCCAAUAUCACAAGACAAGAAAAGUUAUUAGAGGUUUGCCUUGAUAUAUAUAUGCCCCAUAUGAAUGACUUAUUAAGUGUUUUCGUUAACUUAGAUUAUAAUAAGAAAGGAUCCAAGUUACAUUACUUAGCUCCCAUGUUUAGUAAUUUAAGCUGUGCACCAAGAAUACGGAAGUGGUUGACAGAAGAAAACCCAUAUGUACCUCUUAUAAAACUUUUACCGUUUUGUAAUUAUGAAGAAUCUGUGAUACGUAGAGGUGGAGCUAUCGGUACGUUGAGAAAUUUAUCAUUCGACACAAAAUACCACAACUUCCUGUUGAGUAAUGAUUUAGAUUUGCUUACAUAUCUAUUAUCACCUUUGAUGGGUAACGAAGAUUACCCCGACGAUGAAAUGGACAAAUUGCCGAUAGCUCUACAAUAUUUACCUAAAGAAAAACAAAGGGACGCUGAUAUAGAUAUACGAAAGAUGAUAAUUGAGACGUUAAAUCAGUUAUGUGCACACCGAACAGGUAGAGAAAUAUUGAGGGAUAAUGGAGUUUAUUAUGUACUACGUGAGUAUCAUAAAUGGGAGAAAGAUCCGAACAUAUUACUUGCAUGUGAGAAUGUUGUCGACAUUUUAAUACAAAAGGAAGACGAAGUUGGGGCAGAAGACUUAAAAGCAGUGGAAAUCCCUGAUGAUAUGACGGAAAAGUUCCAGAAAAUGGACGAAGAAUAUAUAAAUAGUGUAAAAUAAAAACAUCUAAAACAUA